AUGCCGCACCCACCCAGGCCCGCCAAGGUGACGGAGGGACCGCCCCACCCGGACCCCAUUGUGGAGACCGCGUCACUGGCGUCCGUGACACCCCCCGACAUCACGUACAAACACCACUUGCAUGAUAAUUUGGAGCGCGCGGAGCUGUCCAACGCCCAGCUGGAGACGGUAUUGUACGCCUUCCAGCGGUUCGAGCGGAGGCUGCCGGACGGCAACCGCGCGGGGUUCUUUCUGGGUGAUGGCGCGGGUGUGGGCAAGGGUCGUCAAAUUGCAGCGGUGAUCAAGGAGUUUUGGGCUUCCGGCGGUCGCCGCGUGUUGUGGGUUUCAACUUCCAACGACCUGCGGUACGAUGCCCGCCGAGACUUAUCGGACCUGGGCCGGAAGGACAGCGUGCCCGCGGGCAAUCUCGACCGCAUCUACCCCAACGGCGGUGUGCUGUUCAUCACGUACUCGCUGCUGCGCGCCGAGGUUCGGCGGUUGUUCGGUGUUGGCUCCCGACUGCACCAGAUCGUUAGCUGGCUGGGAGGCCCCAAGGGCGAUGGAGAGUGUCUCAUCGUGCUGGACGAGUGUCAUAAGGCCAAGAACCUCCUGGAUGCGGCUGGAAGUGACCAGACGGGUUUGGCGGUGGAGUCCCUUCAGGACCAGCUGCCCAAUGCCAGGGUGCUGUACAGCUCAGCCACCGGGGCAUCUGAACCAGACAACCUGAGAUACAUGGUGCGGCUGGGCGCGUUUGACUACCCGCACAUUGGCGACAUGAUCAACGCGCUCAAAAAAUCGGGUCUGGGCGCAUUGGAAAUGUUCUGCAUGGGCCUCAAAGCCACCGGCACCUACGUCUCCCGUACAUUGUCGUACAAAGGUGCCGAAUUCAGGACCGAAGAGCUGGAGAUAGACCCCAUCUUCAGUGUCAUGUACGACCGAUCCUGUUGGCUCUGGAGCCUGGUGUACAACGUGAUGCGCUCACUGCCCAAGUCCAAGAACGCCCGGGGGAGGGACAUGAAGGCCAGCCUCUUCUGGGGCGCACAUCAGCGCUUCUACCGCCAAAUGCUCAUCGCGUCGAAGGUGUGCCGUUGUGCUGAGCUGGCCAAGGAGGCUCUAGACCGCGGCAUGUGUGUGGUCAUUGGGCUGCAGUCCACGGGGGAGGCCAAUCUGAACAGCGCCCGGGAGUCGGCGGCGGCGGGGUCCGGCGGGGGAGGGGGAGGGGAGGACGACAGCUUGGAGGACUUCGUGUCGGCACCCAAGAUGAUCUUGCAUUCAGCGGUGGAGGAGAGCGAGGACGAGGACGAGGAGGGAGCUAGCAGUGAUGGGUGCCAGAAGAAUGAGGAUGAGGAUUCUAGUGACGAUGACGAUGAUGAUGAGGAUGACGAUGAUGAUGAGGAUGAGUCGGUUGAGGAGCCCGACGACUCAGAUGACGAUGACUUCGUCCGCAUGCAGCUGCGAGCCGCCCGGCAACGACUGAAGGAAGCGGAGCAGCGACUGACCACCGUACAACGCGACCUGGCAGACCACGAACGGUUCCCGCUGAACCCCCUGGACCACCUGACCUCGUUACUGGGUGGGGAGAGCCAGGUGGCGGAGAUGACCGGGCGCAAGGUGCUGCAGGUCAGGAAUGACGACGGACGCAUCCAACGUCGUGAUGACGAGGCCCAGAAGAUGGUGAACAUCGCCGAGAAGAACGACUUCAUGAGCGGCCGUAAGCUGGUCGCCAUCAUCAGUGACGCCGCGUCCACGGGAAUUUCCCUGCAGGCGGACCGGAGGGUACCCAACCAGCGGCGGCGCUUCCACAUCACUUUGGAGCUGCCGUGGUCGGCGGACAAGGCCAUUCAGCAAUUCGGUCGCAGCCAUCGCUCCAACCAGGCCUCAGCUCCUGAGUACUGCCUGCUGGUCACCAAGUGCGGGGGGGAGUACAGGUUCGCGGGUGCGGUGGCCAAGCGGUUGACCUCUCUCGGCGCCCUCCUGAGGGGGGACCGGAGGGCGCUAGGCGCAUCAACCGACCUCAAGCCAUACGACGUGGACAACAAGUACGUACGGCUGUACGACAGUACGGCGAAGGAAAGGGUUGAGGGAGGAGAUUGUGGCGUUGCAUGUUUGCCAGGAGGGAGGGAGGCAGGCAGGCAGGGGACGCGGCGAGGGUACAAACCUAAAGGAAAGGUUUUCUUCUUUGCUUAUUUGCACAUGGUGCCCCCACUACCUCUUAUCUGCCAUUUUGCCCUGCCCUGUUUCUUCCUUCCCUAG